AUGGGAUAUCUGACAACUGAAUCCGUAAACCCAGUCCCCGAAUGGGGCAAGUCUCAAAAAGCAGGCGGAAAUUAUGGCACAACUACUAUCCUUUCCGAACAUGCCCUCGAGAUCUCUGCCAAUAGUAACAGCAUUCCCGUAAUCGAUGUCUCCAACAUCUUCUCUCCUAUUCUAGAAGCCCGCAAAGCAGUAGCCGCCGAAAUCCGCGAGGCAUGUAUCAACGUUGGCUUCUUUUAUGUCCAGAACCAUGGGAUUCCGCAGGAGCUAGUUGAUGGGGUUUUUGAGUGGGGAAAGAAGUUCUUUGAUUUGAGCUUUGAGGAGAAGAUGGAGAUUUACAUAGAUAAUAUAUACCAUUAUAGGGGUUAUACGCCUCUUUAUGGAGCGGGGACGGCAGGGUCGGAUGGAAAAGGGAAUGCGAAUGAAGCCUUUGACUGGGGGCACGACAGCAAAUUAAACGAUGACCCGGAAGACUUGUUUUUAGAUCCAUAUAUGCGGGGAGAGAAUCCAUGGCCCAAGCAACUACCAGGCUUCGAAGCUCAUCUGUCCGAAUAUUACCACACCAUGCGUGCCUUCUGCCGUGUGAUGGCAAGGAAUAUUGCACUUUCUCUUGGCCUGCAAGAAUCGCAUUUUGAUUCCGUCUUGACGCAUCCUGGCUGCAGUGCUUUGGUUGCUCAUUAUCCGCCACAGGAACCGAAGAGUGGGAAUUUGGGACUCAGUGCUCACACUGAUGCUGAAUGUAAGGAAAAUUUUAGAAGUAAUAAGAGGGAGCUAAUGCCAAGACUGCUAGUUUUCACUAUUCUAGCUGCCGGCGAAGUUCGAGCCUUGGAAGUAAUGCGACGAGAUGGCUACUGGAUCUCCGCACCGCCAAAGAAAGAUUGCUUCAUUAUAAACGUUGGAGACCAACUUCAGGCCUGGUCCAAUGAUCUUUAUGUCUCUACUUUACAUCGAGUUUUGAACUACUCGGGACAAGAGAGAUAUUCGGUGCCAUUCUUUUUUAGUGCAAACUACGAAACUGUGAUUGAGGCACUUAUGAAAGAUGGACAUGUUGCUUCACAUUCUCCUUUAACAGCGGGUCAGAUGUACAAGGAAACCAUGAUUGGGUUUCACAAGAUUGCAGAUACUAUUCCGGAGCUGGUCAAAUAUCGGAAGUAA